CCUGCGCCGGCCACCCCUCUGGAGAGCUGUUCGCACUCCGUCAGGCGUCUCCCACCCACGCCACGGUCUCAGCCCGAGCACUAUCAGCGGGCGUCAUAAGAGCAGGAUGCUUUGGGCGUUCCUCGCACUCGGUCCGCACCAGCAAGCUGAAGCGACCCCACCGCCCGCACCAUGCUCGGUGCCCAGACCUACCCUGCACCACCAUCACAAGGCGCAGCUUCUCGGAGCGACAUCGACGAAGGCUCCUUCUUCGUAGGCAAGCUCCCGCUGGUCACCAAUCUCUCGUCGAGCAUUGCCAUGCCGGACAAGAACAGCACAAUGGCCGCGCGCGACAGCCCCGGCCGCCGCUCGCCCUUUCCCGACUCGCUGCCGCAGAUGAUGUCCGGCUCGCCGCUGCAGCGCGGCCGCAGCACCAGCAGUGCGCGCCAGCAGCCGUCGACGAUGGACGCACCGAUGAACACGCCGCAGCGCUGCUUCUCCGUCGCGACGAUGCACACCGUCGACUUUGUCGACAUGUUCGGCGAGCCGUGCGCGCCCGACGUGUCCAGCACCAUCGUCUUUCUCGUCACGCCGUCGCAGGUGGCGCCCUAUCGCCUCGUCUCGCCCUCGUCGCCGUCGCGCUCGCUGGGCGCCUCGCCGCCGGUCAUCGCGCCGAUGACGCCGCCUAACAGCGGCAUCUCGAGCCGGCCCUACAUCGUCUACCGCUCAUGGAUAGAGCUCAGCGCCCUCGACGACCGGCUGCAGUCGACGUUCGACAUGCUCCUCUCGGCGCCGCGCCGCAACACGCUCGCACGCCUCAGCGCCGAGCUCUCGCCGACGGGCAAGCUGCGCGCCAAGGGCCUGCGCGUGCUCAAGACGGCCGCCUUCCUGAACAAGAGCUCGACGCUGCCGGCGAGCAGGGAGAGCCAAGCAGACGUCUUCCGACUCAAGCUGGAUGAGUGCUGGGCUGAGCUGCUGCUCGCCGGCGGCGAGGUCAUUGCUAGCAGUCGGGCGAUGCAGAGCUUCUGCCACAAGCGCUCGACAGACGACCGCAUGUCCACGCCCGCCGAGUCUCUGGCACCGUCGGACGACCCCUUCAAGGCACCGUCGCCCGUUCAGUCUGACUUCCUGCGGCCACUCAAGACUCAGCGAGGCGCGUUCACGGCGGCUGAGAUGCACGAGCGCCUCGGCCAGGAGAACAUUGAGCCGUCGAGCUGUUUCGAGGAGGAGAUCCUCGAGCCAUCCAGCUACCGCGACAUCCCUCGCCGGCGCGGCAGCAACAUGUUCGACCGCUUCCGGCAGCGCGCCACCGAGCAGCAGGACAUGGAUGCCGUGUCGGAUGCAUCGUCGCAGUCGAUCCGCUCGUCGAGCUCGGUGCGCUCCUUCCGCUCGAUCAAGUCGUUCGCCUCGUCGCGGCUCGGCCUGCAGCGCUCGACCGACUCGCUGCAGAAGAUGACGCCAGGCACGCUGCGCAGCCCGGCCGAGCAAGUCCGCGCCUCGUUCAUCCGGCCGACUGCUUCUCCGAACCAGACCGGACGGUCCGUCUCGAACGGUCAUCGUCCAAGCGUCUCCGUCGACGUGCGUCCGUGGACGCCGCAGUCCGAGUCCUACCGCAGCCCGUCGCGGGCUUCGGACGCGGCUCUCGACGGCUCGCUCUCUCGCGACUCGACUUUCGCAAGCGCCGACCGCUCCGUCUCCCGCGCAUCUGGUCGCUUCAUGCAACGCUCCAACUCGCGCGACUCGGGCGUCGUGCUCGAGCGCCCCGUGCUCGGCGCAUCUCGAGCCUCGAGCAGCGGCGCCUCGCCGUCCGGCAGCGUCUUCCGCUGCAGCAGCGAGGCCGACGACUCGUCUUCGUCGGUCGUCGCGCCAGCGCUCUGCUCAUCGGUGCCGACGCUCAGCUCGUCCGAGGCCGGGGCAAUCUGCUCGUCCAAGCCUUACGCAUCGGUGCAGGACCGUGCUCGCUCGCAGAACAUCUCGUCGCCGAACACACGGUCAGCCUCGCCGGUCGCCAUUCCUGGCUCGCGGCCCAGUGCCAACCUCUCGCGCUACUCGUCGAUGCGGCUCGGCUCGUGGCUCGCUCCAUCUCGCCUCAGCGCAAGCUUGGACACCAGCGCUCAUGGCAGCCCUUGCUCGCGUCCGACCCGCAUGGCCAGCCUCCUCACGCCCACGCCCGGAAGCUCCGAGUCGAGCCAGGACCAGCCAGAGACGCCGAUGCCAGUCGCGACGCCAACCGAGGCCACUGCCAGCAUCGACGCCUCCAUCCGCUCGAGCCCCUCAUCGCUUGAGCGCAUGAUCUUCGGAGCGCCCGCCGCAGCCGCCAACGACGAUGGCGCCUCGUUUGCGGAUCUCCUGUCGGCGUCGCCCACGCGUGCUUCGCACUGCUCUUCGACUGGCGCGGUGCACGAGUCGCAGGCUGCCCCGGCCCCUCUCGACUUGACGGACAUCCGGCGCCCGAGUCUCAUCAGCCUGUCGCUCAGCUCCAACACCACGCAGGAGGACAGCAGCGCUCAGGUGCGCCACGACUCGCCCACGGUGCCCUGCCUCGGGCUGCCGCCGAGGCCCGACACGUUCCUCGACCUGCCGUGCUCCUCGACCGACACGCAGUACGACGAGACGGCCGUGCCCUACGACCGCUUCGGCGGCUCGCGCGCCAGCCCGCGGCGGCACUCUGGCCUUGCCGUGCGCAUCUCGCUCGACUUUGGCGACGCGGACAGCAUCAUGGGCGAGGACUCGCUCGACGUCGACGAGACGGCGCUGCCCGAGGUGCACCCGUACGCCGACGCUGCCAACAUGCCCUUUACGCCUCCGCGCCGCACCGCACACCCGUACGCUGCGCAGUAACUUGCGCUGCGCUUCACCGUCCUUACCAGCACGCGACCACGUCGCUUCCCUUUUGCUUCAGCUCCCC